UUGAGCUUGUUGAAGAAAAGCUGCAGAGACUCGUUUCAAAAUAUUUCUGGGGGCAGAAAAAAAGAGUACUUAGCUAGUUAAACGAUUAUGACAAGCUAAUUGGAAAGUUUCCCCAAAUGAAUGGGGAAAUGGACCCUACAUCAACAUUUUCAGAAAUGCAUCUCCCUCUAUCCUCCCUGCGUCUCCUGGUGCCACCACUACGUCUGAUGUCUGCAUCCAUGUGGCAAGUGGCUCAGCAGCGUAACGUGAUGCAGUAUGGGAAGCUGGAGGAGUUUGUGACUCUGGUGACAGAGAUGGUUCCGGAGCUCCUGACGUUCAGGCAAAGGGUCCAACUCAUCCUGGGACUGAGAGUGAGGCUGGUUCUUGAAUUGUGUCGAGGUGUGGAGUCUAGCCCAGCUGACUACAAAACCAUCCAGCCCCACCUGGACAGAAUCCAGUCAUGCACAACACGUGAAGGGAGCAAAGACAAAGAAGUGGAGGCCUCAAAGGAUAACUUUGUGGAGCUGGUCCAAACUCUGCUAGAAGACUCAGCGAAGAGGGAACACUUUUUUCAGGAGGUGUUCCCUGUGCAGUACAGCACUAGGUACGACACAGCGCUGCAGAUACUGGUGUGGCAGUUCUUCGACAGACUAGAGGAGAUGCUGCCAGUGCCCAGCUUUACACAGACAGCAUCCAUUCUCAAACUGACCCCUGCUGACCUGGAGGAGUGUCAGCAUUCUGUCUCUGACCCUGAGCAUCUGAAGACACUGCUGCAGCAUCAUAGAAAUCUGGGGCACCUAAAAAAAGAUUUUUUGUUCUAUGACUCUGAUACCAUCCUGUCCACGUUGUCCCUCCUCGCUCCCUCACUGAAGUCUGAACAGACCAAAAGAGGCAGAGAAAAAGGCACGGUGAAGAACGAGAGCGAUGUGAGGAGAAACGGAGAGAAGGAAAAGCCUGAAGGGCUGAAAGAACAGGAGAGUGGCAAGGAGAGACAGCAAGAAGUCAGUGGGGAGGACGAAGACGCCAAUGAGGAAAGUGAUGAGGGCACUGAAAGACUGGAAGAGGCUGGGGAAUCCUCUGGGAACUCAGGGCAGCAGAAACAGCCAUCAUUAGUGGCCAUCAAUGGACAAGCUAAAGCCAAGCCCCCACAGUCCCAGGGCUUCUCCUGCUCACAGUGCCAGUUCUCCAACAGGAGAUGGCUCACCCUCCAGGAGCACAUCAAGAAGAAACAUCCAAAGGAGAUCCUGGGCUCUGGAGAAGCUGGAUCUGAGAACAACGCCCUGCCUGUCAGUGAGAGAGAAAUCUCCUCAGCCAAGAAGACCAGGAAGAACCGGUACAUCUGCUCCCAGUGUGGGAAGGGUCACAAAUGUUCAUAUGAACUGAGACGACACGAAACGGUUCACUCUGAGGCGAAGCCCUUCCAUUGUGAUCAGUGUGAGAAGAGAUACAAAACGAAGGUGGCUCUAAAACAGCACCAUCGAGUUCACACUGGAGAAAGGCCAUAUGUUUGCUCACAUUGUGGCAGAGGCUUUAGGUCUGCAGGAACUUUACAAUCCCAUGUACGCACUCACACUGGGGAGCGACCUUUUGUCUGUUCUAUUUGUGGGAAGGGAUUUAUUCAACAUCAAAUACUGAUCGGUCACCUCCGCUGGCACAGAGGGGAAAAACCGUUCUUAUGUACCGUUUGUGGAAAGAAUUUUAGUACCUCAGGUGCCUUGUUGGUACACUCACGAACACACACGGAUGAACGCCCAAAAAGCUGUGAGCAUUGCGGGAAGAGGUUUAGAAGAUGUUACGAUCUCACCAUACAUCGGCGGAUCCACACUGGUGAGCGGCCGUUCUCCUGCACACAGUGCAACAAAUGCUUUACCUCCCACAGCGACCUUAGCAGACACAUGCGAAUCCAUACAGGAGAGAAACCUUACCAGUGUAAAAUGUGCGAUAAGAGAUUCACUGAAAGCGGCAACCUGAAAGUACACCAGCGGGUUCAUCGGGGAACAGCCACAAAUGUACGGGUUUCAGUGUGUAAUAUCAGUACGGCCCACCACAAAUCACCAAGUGCGGCAAGAAGGAAAGAAAGAAAGAAAGACAAUGUUCCACCUCUCCUCGUUGGACAUGAGUUGCAGUAACCACAGUCUAUCCAUGUUCUAAGAACACGCAUUAUAUUGGAACAACGUUAUGAUUCCCGGGCCAUUAUAAUGAUAUUUUUUAUUUUAUAAUAAGUUUACUUACGUCGUAAUAACUUCUUUCUCAUAGUAGCAAGAUAAUUGGCUAUUUUGUGAUAGCGAGGCAUUUAAUGAAAGCGUAAUAUGAUUUCUUAUAAUAAUGAGGUAAUUGGUUACUUUGUUUCUCUAGGUGGUAGCUUUUCAACACCGUAUAUUAGGUAAUCACACAAACAUAUUCACUGUAUCCUGCCCACUCAGUCACUGAAAUGAAAGCUAGUCAGUCAGGGUCAAACAUUUCAUUGAUACAGGAGUACUGUUUUUGUGGAAUUAGACUGCAAGGUAAUAUUACAUUUGCAGUGCGGCCCUCUGGACCUCAGCGAAGAGAGAAUGUGGCCCCUGAAGAAAAUGAGUUUGAUACACCUGGUCUUGAGGGACAUUGAGCUCUGUACAGCACUAUUUUGGUGAAGAUGGUGACGCUCGGUAGAUCUAUAGUUUGUGACUAUGGUGACUUGGUUAAACCAGUGGUUCCCAACCGGCACACUGAUUUGUCUUUAGGAGUUCUCAGGUGUGCCGCGAUACUUUUCCUAAUCUUGAUAUUAUAAUUUUUUGAACACUCACCUAUAAACGUGACCUGUAGAAUGCACAUGGAAUUUUGACUUGGGAGCACUAGUGCUGGUCAGAUAAUACACUACCAGUCAAAAGUUUGGACACACCUACUCAUUCAAGGGUUUUUCUUUAUUUGU